ACAAGCUCAGAGACACCUCGUGUCCAUCUUCCAAGGGUCCUACAGAUCUGGACGCCUUGCUUCUCGAACUUUUGGCAGGUUUCGAAUGUUCUACGUAUUCUAGCCUUGAUCGCCAUUGACUCGUGUGUGAGAUUGUUUGGGUUUCAUGUCCGUUCGGUCGGUGCGAAGGGUCUCCCCGCAAGGCUGAUAAUACCGAUAAGCCCGCCACCGAAUUCGUCCUUGAUGUUCCUCAUCUUCCGCACGCAGAAAGUUGGGACAGAAGGGGACUUCGCGCAGCAAUGGAGACUAGCACGCCGAACAUGACCCCUAUGCCAGCGGAAAUGCCAGCCAAAGCGGAAGUGGACGACUUUUUGCGACGCAAACGAAAGGCGCGAGAACACAAGGCGUGUUAUCCGUGCCGACAACGAAAAGUUCGAUGUGAUCUUGCCAGACCUUGCCGCACGUGUGUCGAACGCGAACAUCCCGAAUUAUGCGACUAUCAUCCGCCGAACAAGAAGCAAAAUACUGCUGCUACCUCAUCAGGAUCUCUUGCGCUUCCUGCCGUGGGUACCAGCAGUGGGGUUCCUGCGUUGGGCGCUGAUACCGUGACGCUGGCACGAUCGGAUUUUAAUCAGCUAUGCCGGAAACUUGAUAAUGUCGAAUCUGCGCUGGAGGAAUUGCGAAGGGAGAUGAAAGGUUCCAAUGGUAGACCGACUCAACAAACUUCUGGUCGCUCUUCUCCAUCAAGUACUACGCAAAAAGCGGAUCCAGCUCAGCCAUGGAUUAACAAUCAAUUUACGCGUCACACUACUGUUCAUGGACUUCAUGCUCGAAACGAUCUUACUGGCCAAACAGUGCAUCUAGGAGGCUCAUCAGUACCCGCACUUGUCAUGGCAUUGGGUCAAGGCGAUCGCGAACAACCUUCUGUGCAGGAAAUUCUCGGUAGAUCUAUCCUCCCAAUGUUCGGUCUAGACAACGAGACAGCGACAUAUCCAUUCGUUGAUUUGUGGGGACUAGCACAUGGCUCUCUGGCACGCGCUCAAGAACUGGCAAAGACCAUACCCACUGACAGUCAAUGUUUAUCUUUCUUCCGAUACUAUCAAAAUCUGGGAAACAUUAUUUUUCCAGGUGUUGCAGACAUCUCGACUUUCGAGAUGGAUUUGACGCGAUUCUUGCAAAAGCGUAAUGAACAAAUGGGCGUUGCUGGAACUUUGCCUGCUGAUAGCCCUCUACCCGGAGUUUCGGAGCAGGCGAUUUAUGACAAAAAUCUUGAGUGGGUUGGUCUGUUGUUCGCUGUUCUGGCGAGUGGCUGUCAAUGUUCUGGACUGCCGAGAAAAGAACGCGAAUUGACCUCUCAGGUUUACAUGUGCUGCAGUUUUGAGUGUUUGCGAUUUACCAACUUCCUGUCACAUGUGACGCUCGAGAGUAUUCAGACUUUGUUAAUUCUUGGAAACGUCAUCUCUAACAACAUGAAUGCUGGCACUUCAUGGUCUUUAAUGGGUCUCACUUUGCGUCUCGCCAUGAGUUUAGGUCUGCAUCGCAGCUGCCCUCCAUCCACAGAUAUCGAGACCAAGGCGACUCGCUCCAAGGUCUGGUGGUCGAUCGUAUGGCAGGACAGUCUGCUUUCAAUUACAUACGACCGAGCAGCGACAACAGCAUACAUCGACCCGUCCAGUAUGCCCGCACCGAACGCUUAUACCGAAAUCCCGCCUUAUCAUCUUGCUAUGUACAGACUUUGCAGAGUCGGCUUGGAGAUUGUGCGUGAUCGUACGAAGACUAUGAGCUCACGCGAGCUCUUCGCUCGGAUCACCAACCACAGAAAUGAGAUUGACGACAUCAUGGCAGGUACGGUAGACUACCUACGCGACUCGCGCACUUGCAAAACGGUAGAGGAGUCGCUCGAGCACUGGGCGCUAUACCUGCACGUGUCGUACAUUGUCUCAGAACUGUGUCGACCAGCCAUAAGUCCCAGUACUGCCAGCUACGAACUCUCCAAGGCUUUUAAGCAAACUUGCAUUGACAGUCUAGUCAGCACAGUCGAAGCUUUCUUAGGUCUGCAGAACAUCACACCAUACGCAAGACAGUCUUGGGCAGCCGUACAUCGCAGUUUGAGCUCUGCGCUUUUGCUCGGUAUCAUGGGCGAACACGCCCACAAUGAGCGUGCCCGUCGUCUGUUAGGCAGAUUUGUGGCUCUCAUGUCAGACAUGCAAUCAGCACUCGACCCUCAAGAACUCGCCGCACCUAUGGAAAGAGCCAUCACUGCACUUAAGAAGCUGAACAUUCAAGAGUCAAGACCAAACAGAUUCAUUGAAGAUAUUGCGAUGGCGCCUUCAGGUGGCAGUGUGGCGAAUAGUGACAGUCCUGGCAUGGCUGGAGUCGAUCACUCGAGCGUCUUUCCUUCGAACACAAGCACGCUGGUGGAUGAGGAGUACUCGCCGUACAGCGUACUCAACUCGAUCCUGUGGGGUCAAGCACCCACUCCGUGAGCGAGGUUCGACUGAACAAGCGGGAAGAAGACGUGGCAGAGAACAAUCGCACACGAACGACAUGCAUUGGGACGGACGUGAGGAGCAAAGGAAAAGCCAUGUAGACACCUUUAUUGUUAAUGUUGUUUCAAAACUUGGCCUACUCAUAGUGAUACAGAACAUUGCUGGAGUGCGCACAAGAGCACGAGACAUGUCACAGAAUAUAGAUACGCGGCAAAAGAGUAUGGUGAUCGGGACAACGACUUUAUUGCAACACACUAGAGUAGAUAGCUAGCGAAGAUGAACAACA